AUGGACGCUGAGGCGUCGAGGAAGGCACAGGGUCAGUUGUACAUACAAUAUCAGGCAAGGCUUUCACCGAGAUCAUCUCUGUUUCAAUGGCCAGAAAAUCUAGACCUACUGGCUGCUCAAGUUGGCUUGGACACUGUGUUGUUUAAUGGUAAAGAAACGCACCCAUCUAACGAUGAAUACGAUCGUGUGUUUCUCAAACAACUGGUUAAGCGCAUUGAGCAGGCUAUAGAAGCGUGCACAGAUGAUCAGGCAGCUUCUCUUGAUACAGAAAAGCAGGAUCUUACAGUCGAUGACGCUAUUUUAGAACGCUACAUGCGGCUAGUAUCUAUGCCCGAAACGCCUUCCAUUAUGGGUACUCGAGUGCCCUCCCCUCUCUAUGUCCAUCAUUACUUUCCCAUCACCACCGCAAAGCAUCAUCAUGAUAUCUUAGGUCCAUGUGAAUCAGUGACUUUUCGACAAGAAGGCACAGCUAUUUCUCAAGGCACGACUGGGCUCACAACAUGGGAGGCAAGUCUGCGGCUUGCUGCUCAUGUGGUGGCCUCACCUCAUGUUUGGCAAAAGAGUGACGCUUGUAUUCUCGAACUUGGGAGCGGCGCAGGUUUUCUUGGACUAGUUUGUGCGCGUCUCUUUGAUACACUUCCGCACACAGAUGCAAAACUCUAUCUAACGGAUCUGGAGGGUCAAGUACUUGACCGACUGCGUGAAACAGCUCAACUCAAUAAUGCCACAAGAGCACAUAUUGAAGCACUCGACUGGAACGACAUCAGUACCGGUGAUCGAGACGCAUUGGAGCGCUUGCGAAACAUGCGGCCCACAUGUGUUUUGGCCGCCGAUGUGGUGUAUGACCCCACUUUGAUAUCGCCUUUUGUCGAUACCCUAUGGGUCGCUCUGCAGAAAAGAGCGCACAGUGGGCCACAACCCUUCGCUCUCGUGGCGAGCACGGUUCGUAACCCCGAUACGUACGGCCAGUUUCUACGAACCCUUGAAAGCCGUCAAUUGCGAUGGAAGAUGAUGGAUCUGAAACAGACUACAUGGCCGAAUUUGGAUCUCGUUCUUUUCCCCUCUGUACACAAUCAAAAAUUGGAAGGCGUCGUUUCCAUAUUACACAUUGAAGUCUCAUAG